CUCGUCUUCCUCCUCGGCUCCUCGCCGUCGUCUCCUCCUCUAUCGCUUCCACCCACCAAUCCAACAGCAAAGCCCCACUUCCCAGCCAUCUCCUCCCCUCCCCUCCCCUCCAGGCUCCAAUGGCGGAGGAAUCUUCGCCCUUCGAUGAGGUCCCCGCCUACGUCCUGUACGAGAUCGCUCGCCACAUCCCCUGCAAGGUCGACCGCGUCCGCGCGCUGGUCGUGAACUGCUCGUGGCGCACGUCGCUUCAGGCGCUCCCGCCACCGCCCCUGCCUCCACAGCUCCCGUGGCUACUCCGCCCAUCCGCCGGUGGCCCUACCUUCUCCUGCCUCCUCAGCGGCGCCGACGAGCUCAGCGUCCACCGCGUCCGCGUCCCCGCCGACCUUCGCGGCGCGCGCUACUUCGGAUCGUACGACGGCGGCUGGCUCUUCCUUGCUUCUGGACAAACUUUCGGCCACAUGCUCUUCAACAUCCGCACCGAGCAACGCCUCUUCCUCCCCGACACUGUCACCCAGCCGUGGAGAUCAGAUGACUUCCCCAUGAUCAUGCUCGCCGCCACCGUCUCCUCCCCUCCGAGUGCCAAGGACGACCUAUGCUUCGGCGCAGCCAUCGUCUCUGAUGUUGGGCAGAAGCUUGCCCAGCGAUGCAAUGUUUUCUGGGAGUUGGGGGAUUGCAGAGCCGUAUCGUUCGUGCCACCACAGGAUCCGUUUAAUCUGUUCUUCGAAAUGGAGGACGUGAUCUACUACCAGGGGGCGUUUAACUUUCUGAGCAUAUGGAGAAACGUUCUGGAGUGCAGGCUGACAUUGCACCAAGGAGUCCUGCAAGUACAUCAAAAGUGGAGGUUGUUUUUACCACAAGAGGAACUUAGCCUUUGCCGCAAUGCGGCUGCUCGCUAUCUUGUAGAGUCCCGCGGGCAGCUGCUCAUGGUCAUCAGGGAGCGGCCUGCUUACAAUCAGUCGCGGGAGUUUUUCAUUUUUGAUAUGACAAAGACAGAAGAAGCAGUCGACGAGGCGGAGUACAUCUGGAGGAGGAUGCCAGAGCUCGAUGGACGGAUGCUGUUCGUUGGACAUGGCUGCUCCAGAUCCUACGAAGUGGGUGACUUCCCCGGCUUUCAGGAGGGCAUCUACUUCUUCGACGACCAGGAUUCAUACAGUGUAUCCAGUAUUGCUGAGGAUAAUGAGUACACCUGCUUCGACAAUGGGAAGUGGUCCGCCGGGCCGCCUCUAAUGGAAACGUACUGCUUCUGGCCGGAUCAAGUCAACUCGAACUACUCUUCACCGGUUUGGCUUCUCCCUGGAGGUGAAGAUGAUGCCAAUAAUGCUCAAGCUCAAGUUGAUGUUCACAUGCUGUAGAGCUGCUGGAGUCUAUGUUAGCUGCCGAAUUGGGGCUAACCUGUGCUGCAUUUACAUUCUGUUAGUGUUACCUCUUGCUGCUUUGAGAUGUGAGGAUGAGAUAGUUCUUGCUGCUUUGUGAAUUGGGAUAGGAUUGUUGCUGAUUAGUCUGGUACAGUUACAAUGACACGGUGGAUAUUAGCUGAAAGCCUGAAAUCACUUGCAAACUCAUUACUGAAUCUAUGUGCUACUUUGUUCUCUGUACUUAGCAGUUCAUUACUGCAUUUUGGCACUUUCUGAACUAUGAUAUUUCCUGACCUCUGAGAUUUUGAUGAA